AUUCUUUAUUUUAAUACAGAGUUAGAUAUUCAGUCAUUACAUCUUGAUUUUUGUUCAUCUACUUUGUCGCAUUACUUGAAAGAAGCAAAAUGUGGAAGCAAGGACUUUUUGGAUGUUUUAGUAACGCAAGUUUAAGCUUUUUGGCAUGCUGCGCUUUCCCCCUUGCAGUGGGAAAAAACGCAGAAGCUGUCGGUGAACCAAAUUCAGUUCUGUGGGUGAUUGCUGUCAUGUAUGCUCCAUGUGUUGCUGGUGCUUUGCUUCGAGGACUAAUUAGGAAAAAGAAGGGAAUUGAAGGUUCAUUUUUUGUGGAUUGCUUUUUAUGGUUUUGUCUUCCAUGCUGUGCCAUAUGUCAAGAAGCCUCGGAAACUGGCGCUUUGGAUUACUUACAACAGCCCGAACUACAAAGCAUGGAGCGUGAUGCACACGCAACGACAUAGACUUGUUUUCAAAGAAAUUUCUCUUGCUUUUGUGGAAUCUGAACCUAAUCGAAAUGAACUUCACCGAAAAGUAAAGUUGAUUGAUGAAUUUUCAUUGUUACGUCAAGUACGAACUUAUGAUAUGUGGUUCGAGCUUAAACAACCCUGAAUCGAUGAUGAAAUUUCAUAACGAAAACCCCUCGUCACCAACAUUAUGAAUAUAGAAUUCAACACAAUUUUCUCAUAAUUUUUUAACAUUAUAAUCCCAAAUAAUGAUAUUUUUAUUCACAUUCAUGUUUUUACACCAUUCGUGCUAUUUAUUAAUGCAAAUAAUCGAAUGACACGAAAAGAUACUCAUACCUGUAAAGGCAAUUUCAUCACUUGUACUAAUCUAUAUAUUUGCCUAGCCCACAGAAUCCGGUUCCCGAAUUGAUAUAAAUUGAAAAACAAAUUAUGAACAUGCAUGUGUCGGAAUAUUCCAAAAUUUGUGAAUAGCCAUUGUUUCUCAGUGCGUUUGAGGUGUCCGCCCUUACACGACAAAAUAACUUUCACGCAAAGAAUUUUUUUACAUUGUGCCUUGGAGGAAAAUGAGAAUAUGUUGGCAACGGAACACAAACUUGUACGGAUCUUCGUGCUCAUACGAUUAAACAUGCCAAGUUGAAUAAUAUUCAAUACUGUGUUUGCUAUAGCGCUGCUUUUGAGCGUAGGAUGCGUAGGAAAUGUGAAUAUUAACUGCUUUGCGGUACCUUGGUCUAAUUUGUACAAUGUACGUUUUACUUUCGUGGUACUCUCUAAUAACUAGCUAGUUCUCUUUUCAUGGCUUAGUAUUACUGCGACCCCGUAAUGUGUGUGGCAAUACGGUAGCAAAAAUAUGAUAGUUCGAUCUGAAAUAUCAAAAACCUAAAAUCGUAUUUAUCGUAAUAAUGAAAUGGUUUGUGGUCAAGGCAAACUCAGGACUUAUCCGGGACUUAUCCAUUACAUAUAUUGCAUUUUCUCUCACUUCCACGUCAUAACCAUAUAAUACCAUGAACCAGAAAAGCAUGUUCUAAACGAAAAAUGUAUUUUGCAAUGCAAUUCAAUUUAAAUCAUUUUUGCUAUUUUCUAUGCUAACGCUUCACAGCCAUUCUGCAUUUGGUAAAAUAUUUUUGAAAUUGUUUUUAUUACAAUUGUGUACUGAAUCAUAAUAUUUGUAAUUCGCCAUAAUUAUUUUGACCAGAAUGUCAUAAAAUCGAACCAUAUCAGGUCACUUUUUGACCGAAAUUUUUCCAUCCAACACCUUUCCUUUUUUUCCUGAUUUGAUCCAAUUACAAGUUUCAGAACAAUAUUAUAUCUUAUAUCGUAAUGUACACUUUCUAAUAUACUGAAUAAAACAUAUUUUACAACAA